UCCCACCCUUCCUCUUCCUCCUCCCUCACUCUCUCCAACUGCGCGCUGAGUUUCGGAAAUUUUCAGCAGCUCAGGAGGAAGCAUUUGAGCCAGAAGUCAGCGGCGUCAGCAGGAGGGUUCCGCUGUGGCAGAGACAGCGAUCUCAUCCUAAUGUUCCUCCAGAACAGCUCAUGUGACAUCUCCGUGUAACCCCACCUCAACCACAGAGAACCUGCGACAGAGAUGAGCGCUUCUCCUGCUUCCUUAACCAGUGGAUGUCUUUAAAUCAUCUCGAUAGCUGUUCCUUUGCAAAUUCCGACUCUCCCUUCUUUCCCUGUCCGCUCUCUCCGGUUGCUUUUGCACUCUUCCACACUGAGUCAGAAUGAGUGAAUCGCAGGAAGCGAGUUCUCCUGUGGCCGGGAUCGGUGGCCCGGCGGCCUGCGUCACUAAAGUGGAGCUGCGAGUGUCUUGCAAAGCCCUGCUGGACCGCGACACACUGAAAAAGUCCGACCCCUGCGUCAUCCUCUUGGUGCAGAGCCAAGGCCAGUGGACUGAGCUGGAUCGCACUGAGGUGAUCAAGAGCAACCUGAAUCCAGUGUUUGCCAAAGUCCUAAUGUUAGAUUACUACUUUGAGGAGGUGCAGAAGCUGCGCUUCGAAGUCUACGACAUUCACGGGACCCACAGCAUCGGUACUCGCGAUGAUGACUUCCUGGGAGGGAUGGAGUGCACACUCGGUCAGAUAGUGGCUCAGAAAAAGAUGGUGAAGCCAUUGCUACUGAAAUAUGGAAAAUACGCCGGAAAGUCUAACAUUACGAUUCAUGCUGAGGAAAUUUCUGGCAACAAUGGAUACGUCGAGCUCUCGUUCUGUGCCAAAAAGUUGGAUGAUAAGGAUCUUUUCAGCAAAUCCGAUCCAUUCUUGGAGAUUUAUCGUGUGAACGAUGACAGCACAGAGCAGCUUGUACACAGAACAGAAGUGAUCAAGAACAACCUGAACCCCGUGUGGCAGCCGUUUAAAGUCUCCCUCAUUUCCCUGUGCAGCUGCGAUGAGGACAGGAAGCUAAAGUGCCUGGUGUGGGAUUAUGACUCGAGAGGGAAGCAUGACUUCAUUGGCGAGUUUUACGCCACGUUCAAAGAGAUGCAGCAAGUUUCUGGAGGAAACAAGGUCACAUGGGACUGCGUGAACCCAAAAUACAAAGUAAAGAAGAAGAACUACAAGAACUCUGGCCUGGUCAUCCUCACGGAUCUGAAGCUCCACAGAGUUUACUCCUUCCUGGACUACAUAAUGGGAGGAUGCCAGAUACACUUUACAGUUGCCAUUGAUUUCACGGCGUCAAACGGAGACCCCCGCAAUAGCUGCUCCCUCCACUACAUCAACCCGUACCAGCCCAAUGAGUACCUGAAGGCUUUGAUAGCUGUGGGUGAGAUCUGCCAGGAUUAUGACAGUGACAAAAGGUUCUCUGCUCUGGGCUUCGGUGCACGAAUUCCACCCAAUUACGAGGUGUCGCAUGACUUUGCCAUCAAUUUCAAUCCAGAUGAUGAUGAAUGUGAAGAGAUUCAGGGGGUGGUAGAAGCUUACCAGAACUGCCUGCCCAAGAUCCAGCUCUACGGACCAACUAAUGUGGCUCCUAUAAUCAGCAGAAUAGGCAAGCAAGCAGCAGGGAAGGAGCCCAUUAAAGACGCAUCUAAAUACCACAUCUUGCUGAUCCUCACGGAUGGCGUGGUGACCGACAUGGCGGACACGCGGGAGGCCAUCGUGCGUGCCUCCUACCAGCCUCUGUCCAUCAUCAUCGUGGGUGUGGGAAACGCCGACUUCACUGACAUGCAGAUCCUGGACGGGGAUGAUGGCGUCCUGCGCUCUCCUAAAGGAGAACCUGUCCUGAGGGACAUUGUCCAAUUUGUGCCCUUCAGAGACUUUAAAACGGCGUCUCCUGCUGCACUGGCGAAGUGCGUCUUGGCCGAGGUGCCCAAGCAGGUCGUCGAGUACUUCAGCCAUAAGGCCAUUCCUCCCAUGAAUCCUGUUUUAGACUCGACACCCAGCUCCAUCGCCAACACCCCAGAUUAACACGUCUACCCGAGUCCUGACCUCCGCUCUGUCCCUUCACACCUCCGAGUGCGAGAUCCGAGAACAACCACCGCCACAAACACAACAUUGCCGUUCCGUUUCCCUGUUUAUACAUAACGUGUUUACACAGAAGGAGGAUUAGUUCUUCUUGGACCGUGUCCCGUGUUUGGCAUCAUGCCUACAUCUUCAUUAUCUGUGCUGGAAUCUUCAUAUGGACCUUCUCACCACAGUUCCAGGCCUCUGACCUGCUGCAAGCUCUCUGCAACUUCUCCGCCAAGGCCAUCUCUUAAUUCUUAAUUCUGAUGUGUAUUUUUUUUUAAAUCCUGUGCCUUGCAGGACCUUUUCAGUGUUUGCUCUGCCUGCCCACUGUGCUUAUCUUCUUUGCCCCUGAUUUUGUUCCUCGAGGCUUCUCGCUGGCCUCACACUACCCUGCUUUCAGCAAAAACAGACAGGAUUAUGUGUGGGGAGAAUGGAUGAUCAUGAUCAUUACUUGAAAUUUAUAAAGGUCUCUCCACAGAUGGCUGGUCACGAUAUCUGUAACUCAGCAUUACUUUUAUGAAAGCAUUAUGGUUGAGCCUUAUAGCAUUGGAUCCCCUCAUAGGCAUAAAACUAUUGCGCAUACACACAGGAACACAGGAAAAACAGAAUGCUUGCCAUUAGCUAGCUCUAUCGCUCAAACCACACAAAAAAUAUGUCAUUUGUACUUUUAUUGGACAAUCCACCUUGUUCGUGUUUAUUACACCCACAACUGUAUUCCGUAUGCACUCUUUCCAUCACUGCUAAUGACGUGUUAUGGAUGUGCCAGCAAAGCGGGCUUAAAAAUGAUAUACAGCCCUAAUCCACAUGAAAUCUAGGGGAUGUGUCAAUCUCCUGACUGACUCACAACUGUCACUAAUAGUCUGCAUGAAUCUACAGUCUGGGCUAGAAAGAAUUCAGCCCCAGCCUCAUUUCUCACUUUUUCAUACCAUUCUAUGUGCUUUUCUAAGGACCUCUGGUCGUACUGUUGUGCUUGCUUCGACGAAAAUAAUCCACUUUAAGCCAUUUGUUAACAGCAAAUCAGAAUACAUAAGCCAAAAAUCAGUCUUAUGUAUUUUUUCCAUGGCAGAAAGAAAGGACUUAGCCUAACUACCCCGUUUAUAUCAGCCGGCCUUGAAGGUAUCUUUACAUACAGUAUAUCUUUACAAUAUAAAAAAAUAUAUAUAUAUUUGGAGAGGAUCUGUAAUGCGAUGUGUAAACAUGUCUAAUCUAGUAGAUCAUAGCAAGAUUAUUAAUUAAGUCUGAAAGAAAGAAAUCAUAUCAGAAAGCGACCAAAUGAGCAAAGCUGCAAUUUUAAAAUGAAUUGUUCUGGAAGAGUCUGAAAUCUGAAACUGGUCAAUAAUUUUUUAUUUUUUUAUUUUUUUAACAUUGCAUGUAGGUUGCAACUUAAAAAGACUUAGCAUAACUUUUCCUCCAAACUCCUUAACAUCUUUGGAGCAUGUAUCCAGCUUUUUUGACUGCCAGCGAUACACGAUUUCACAGAUCAACCACAAGUCGAUCUUUCUAGCAAGUCGAGCUUUCUAUAAAUGUUUGCUACACAUAAAACCUCAUUACAUUAGACAAAAAACUAGUCCUGUUUGUUAAUGCGUUCCAGUAGGAGGAAUGGAGGAAAACAGCUAGCUUACUUAGACAGUUUAGUAUGGAAGGAAUCAGGUUAUUAUUAUUGGGAUAAAGGAGUCCUGUAAUGUGUUUUGUUCAUCAUAUCAUUAGCAUUUUUGCUACCAUGAUAUGCUCAUCAUUUUGCGAGUGCAUGCCACGCUGGCAAGUUACUGACAUGAAAGGGGAGAACUCUGAGAACUUGCACUACUCUUGGGUAGGAGUUUUUGAAUAGUAGGCAGGAGUUUUUGGACCUCUGCAAAUAUUCAUCAAAUUUUGAAGCAAUUUGCUGCUUGACUUCAUUUCCUACACUGUUAGAAAAAAUGGUUCUUCAAGGGUUCUUUGGAAGAUUAAUGGUUCAAGUCUCAACAGAAGCCUAUUGUGAAAUGGAAACCUACAUAGAACAUUGAGGGACUAAACUCUGACUCUUUAGGGUACCAGAUUGGACCUUUUAUUUCUUGUAUACUGUAUGUGUCUGAACAUGACUGUAUCAGUAAAACAAACACCACUGCCAGGUCUUUGGAAACCUAAGUCAUCAUAUUAAGGCUAGACAUAGACAUAUGCAGAAUGGAUAAACGCAAUGAUUGUACCGUCAAACCAUUGUUCUGUUUUUUGAGCACUGAUUUGCAUGCGCUGAACUAAUAUACUGAAUAUUUCAUCAGUAUGAUCACUAUGUGUACACUGUGGUAUGAUAUAAAAGGCUGUAGAAAGUGUAUAAUCAGUUUCCAUUUACAGUUAGCAAAUUCAACAUUCCUUCUCUUCUCUACUCAUAUUGUUGUAUAUGUUGCAGAGGAAAAAAAAAAGGUUUAUCAGCUGAAAUCGUGUGAACAGAAACAUUUCUUUGUGAAUAAGCAGACUGGAUAAGCAGAAACAGUCUAUUAAUAGAAUCGGGUCAGUGCACUUUCUUCAGUCUGGACUCGAAAGGUCAAGCCGAGCUGAUUGUUUCAUUUAAUUGGUGAAUAAACUCUAUGCAUGUUAAUAAGUGACUUCAGAGAGGUGGUGGUGGUGGGAAGGGGGAGUAAUUAUUCAUCUUUAACAACUAAUACUAAAGAUAUGCAGCUACAAGGACCACACAAGGAAUGUAGCUAGGUAGGAAGGUUUGUAGAUUACACAAAGGACACCAACAAGGGGAGUGAAUUAUGUAAAGAAUAAAACAUGACGUUCUGUUGUAGGAAAAUAGUCAAUGAUGAAAUUUAUUCUUCUCAUAUUAUAGCACAACGUUUUUUCUCCCUCUUAUACCACAGAGACCAAUUUGCCAAUUUUGUAUUAAUUAAAGAACCACACAUCGUACGUUUUACCCCGUUAUAGUUACUUUUAAUACUGUGGAAUGUCCGUGAUACACGUUAGUUCCUGUUAUCAUUCCCUCAAUUUCUCUUGUUAGUUAAUAAACCAAAAAAAAUUGCAGCUUGUUACUGAAAAACCACAUAAUAUACAACAUCCUUAGACUUUCCCGUGGCUGAAAAAUUACUGACUGUUACAAAGCACUGACACUGGAGGCUCCUUCCAUUAAUGUAUAAAAGUCUCCUUACAGAAAACUUCACCAUAUCAACUAUUAAAUGUCUUUCUUUCUUAAAUACCAGCUCAUUUUUAUAUGUUUUUUAUUAUUAGACGUAGAGUAUGUGGAGCGUCCACCACGCAAGUCCUUGUGAAUGAGCUGUUACCAUGGAAACAAGACACAGACUUAGAGUUAAGUCCGCAUAGACAGGAUUUAACACAGAAAUUGCACACGUUGUUAUUCAGUCUUCAGCUGGAACUACAGACUUAAGCUCUAUUCAGAGAGUUACGUGAACGUUGCACAUAUCAUCAGAAGUCAUAACAUCAUAUUAGUCUUUUUUUAUUUUAGGUUUGAAAUUGUCUCAUUCUUGUAUAUUACAUCGUAUUAUAUUUGACAGCAAAGGGGGAAAAUGUUGUCUCCCUCUUCAGUACGCAUUUUCUAUGCCUGUUUUUUUUUCUUACUUAGUGGUUAAAGAUGGUGUCUAGACAAAAACACCAUUUUACCUCAUCCAACUCAAGAAAAAUCACCUCGGCAGUGUGAACUACACGCACGUAGUUUCAAUAAUCUGAAUAAAGAGCCCAGGAAAAUCUAUUGGAGCAGCUGCAUAAACUGAAUCUGAAUAUACGCAACUUUCCCUGCAUGAUUAUUUACAUUACUUUUGGAUUAAAGGCACCAAUUCUGAAUAUGACCUUUAGAAAAUUUUUUAAAAAUCAGCAUUGUGGUAUAAAAUAAUACAGCAGAAAUAGCAUUUUUAAUUCCUUUCAAUUUUUCAGUAUAUCAAAAAUUAUAUAAUAACUAGGGCUGUAAUUAUUGGAUAAUUUGGAUUGAUACAUUGAUUUACAAUUCAAUGAAUGAAAUGAAUUGAAGUAACAGUCACAAAUUGAUUACUGAUUGAUCAACCAAUGAUUGAACUGACAACAGACAACACAUGUGAUGUGUAAACAGGUUAGCAAUGUGAUUUGCCCUUGACUCUGAUAUUUAAAAUAGUCCAUCUCUACAUCAUCCUCAUCCUCAAUUUAACAGCAGGCCUACCCCAGAUCUUGAACACAUUUUGGUCACGUAUUGAUCAGAGGCUACUAAAUCGAAUUGCAUUGUAUUGAAGCAGAAUCAGUGGUGUUAUCAAACAUCAAAUGGUUCCCUGUGAAUUAAAAUUGUAUCGUAUCAUUGAAGAUCCAGUGGUGUCGUAAAAUAUCAAAUUGUUGCCUUAAGAAUCAAAACUUUAUUGUAUCAUGUGGAAGCCUGACACUUACACUCCUAAUAAUAACUGAACUGACUUUGCAAUAGACGUUGGUAGAUGUUAUAUAUUUAGCAUCCAGUACAGUAACACCUAUCACUAGAAUGGACUCAUGGUCGCCGGUCCAUUAUAAAAGACUCAUACUCAUCUCACGUUGCGUCUAGACUUGUGGAGAAAUCUUUUUUAGCUUAUGUAGUACAACCACUUCACAACCAAAGUCUUAGUUAAACGUCUCAGUAAAACGAUCAAGGUGUUAUUCAGAUUUAAAUGUGGAGUCUUUUUCAAAAAGCUAGAAGUGCUCUCGCUUUAUAUUUCCCAGUGCAAUUUAGAGGAAAAACCUCAAUGCCUGGUUUUGUUUGAAGGUAAUUUAUCCAUCCAAGCCCAUACAGGACUUCAUGAAUUCAGUCCUAUUUGGACUAUUGAUUUGAAAUAUGAAUUACUGGAGUGUGUCUUAAUCUUUUUCCAUACAAAAUCAAACAAAUAAUGUGUUUAAGCCCAAAGCAGUGCUGGCAUGAGUGAUCAUCACGUCUCAUAGCUCCGCAUUGUUGUCAGGAGUUAAUACGUGUGCAAGAAUUUCCUUAUAGUAAUGACUCAGAUACACUUUUGAUAUUGAUUUCUUUACAUGGAUAUGUAUAUAGUCCUAUAGAGUCAUACAGCAUAAUCUAAAUGUACUCAUCCUACAUGAUUAUUAUCUUACGCUGGCGCUCCAGAUGGCACACUAUAGCUACCAACAGCUUUACAAACCACGCUUUUUUGUUUUUGUACACGCAGAAAAACAUCUGCCGACUCCCACAUCGCCUGGAGCUGCUUUACGUUUGCAUUUCCGAUGAUGAAAUAUGAAAUCGUGUAUUAUUGUGCAUGAACAAUUGUGCACUGCUGACUGCAGCAUGCCACUUUACUUUUAUCUCAUGAACUCAUUAGGCUUAGUGCAGCUCCAUACAUCACGCAGUACAUGUGCAAACGGAGGAAUAUAAAUAACAGCACGUGGAUUUGAUCUGUACGUAAAUGCUUAAUUAUUCAUUACUGAAGCAACACAUUUAGAGAUAUUGCUAUGCUAGUAAAUGAUCUGUAAUAAAAAAAAAAA